AUGACUGACCAAUUUUCAAAGAAUGAUGAAGCCCAAGGUGGUAUGAAACCAGUGGAUGAAGACUCUUGUAUGCCAAUUGCGAUAGUAGGUAUCGGCUUUCGAGGACCUGGAAAUGCCCGCAAUGUCGAAAAGUUGGAGGAGAUGAUACGUGAUGGCAGAGAAUCCUGGACUCAGAUACCGGACAAAAGAUGGAACAAUGCGGCUUUCUACCACCCGGAUCAUUCUAGACAUGGAACGAUCAACGUGGAAGGAGGGCAUUUUCUGGAAGAAGAUGUGUCUCUUUUUGAUGCGCCGUUCUUCAACAUGACGAAUGACGAAGCGUCGGUGAUGGACCCCCAACAGAGACUUCUGCUAGAAGUCAUAUAUGAGGGACUGGAGAAUGCUGGCGUCCCAAUCGCCCAAAUGACAGGCACAAACACAUCCUGCUUUGUCGGGUCUUUUUCAGCAGACUACACAGAUAUCCUCCUAAGAGAUCCGGAAUGCGUGCCAAUGUACCAAUGCACAAAUGCUGGACAGUCCAGGGCAAUGACAGCCAACAGAAUAUCCUAUUUCUUCGAUUUGAAAGGACCAAGUGUCACAAUAGAUACAGCCUGCUCAGGAAGUUUGGUAGCACUCCAUUUGGCAUGCCAGAGUCUACAGACAGGGGAUGCCUCUGCGGCGAUCGCAGCGGGUGUCAAUUUGAUCUUGAGUCAUGAAUUCAUGUCAACCAUGAGUAUGAUGAAAUUUCUAUCGCCCGAUGGGAAAUGCUAUUCAUUUGAUGAGAGGGCGAACGGGUAUGCGCGUGGCGAAGCUAUUGUUUGUCUUAUUCUCAAACCUCUGGCCAGUGCUUUGCGCGACAAAAACACUAUCAGAGCUGUGAUCAGAGGCACUGGAUCCAAUCAGGACGGACGUACACCAGGUAUAACGCUGCCCAGUGGUGCUGCUCAGGAGUCAUUGAUCCGAAGCGUGUAUGCUCGAGCUGGUCUUGAUCCAUCGGAGACGGAGUUUGUUGAGGCCCAUGGUACAGGCACGCAAGCUGGUGAUCCAAUUGAGACUGGUGCUAUUGGCCGAGUAUUUGGACCUGGUCGUUCUUUGGAUGAUCGAUUGCGGAUAGGCUCCAUCAAAACCAAUGUUGGGCAUUUGGAGGGUGCAAGUGGUAUUGCUGGUGUGAUCAAAGCGGUUUUGAUGUUGGAGAACCGCAUAUUUUUGCCGAAUUGUAAUUUUCAGACAGUUAAUUCGCGUAUCUCUCUAGACGAUUGGAGACUGAAGAUACAAUUACUCACUGAGCCGUGGGAGAGCACCGGUCCACAUCGAGUUUCGGUCAACAGCUUUGGAUACGGAGGAAGCAAUGCCCAUGUGAUUUUAGAAGAUGCCAUGGGAUAUCUCACAAGUCGAGACCUGAGCAAAAAAUCCUGUAUGUCAUCAGCUACGUCAAUUGACACAGAGGAAGAAGCGAAUCGAGAUACUUCGAUCAGUCCAUCGCGCAUAUUCAUGCUCUCUGGCUUCGACGAAAGGUCUUGUGCACAACAAAUGCAAGUUCUCAGAAGCUAUAUCCUCGACAGAGGCGCCAGGCUUGACAACGAAAAGUUGCUAGAUAAUCUCGCUUUCACACUGAACGAGCGGCGUUCAAAUCUUACCUGGAAAGUUGCCGUUGUGGCCAAUACAAUUGAAGACUUGGCUACAUCUCUCGCUCAGAACAUCAAAGCUAAAAGUGGGUUACGAAGACCAAGAGUGGGAUUCAUCUUCACUGGCCAAGGCGCACAAUGGGUUGGGAUGGGACAGGAACUACUCCAGGCAUAUCCGGUCUUUCGCAACUCAGUCCUGGCGAUCGAUAGUUGGCUGGAAGUCAUUGGAGCUCCAUUCUUAGUUGAAGCGGAGCUCAAAAAGUGUCCCCAAGAUUCAGACUUGAAUCAUCCACGUCUCAGCCAGACUAUCUGCACAGCACUGCAGAUAGCACUCGUCAAUCUACUGUAUUCGUGGGAUAUCUAUCCAGACUCUGUAGCCGGUCAUUCCAGUGGGGAAAUUGCAGCAGCUUAUGCUGUCGGAGCGCUCAGUGUGGAAGAUGCGAUGUCAGUCGCAUAUUAUCGUGGCGUCGUAGCAAGCCAGGUAUUGGACGACUACAAGACCCGGGGAGCCAUGAUCGCAGUGGGAUUGUCUGCCGAAGAUGUCCAGAAAUACAUUGAUCGGCUCCCAUGUGGACACCUCGUGGUGGCGUGUAUCAAUAGUCCAUCCAGUGUGACAGUAUCUGGUGAUAAUCUUGCCAUUGCUGCUCUUGCGCAGCUACUGAAGAAUAAGCCAGUCUUCACACGGCAACUUGUCGUGGAUGUCGCGUAUCACUCCCCGCAUAUGGCACUUGUUGCAGAUGAGUAUCGCCGGUUCAUCGAGUACAUCGAGCCUCAGAGCCAAGAUCACCUGCAGGACGAGAGGGGAAAAAGAUCAAUCUCAUUCUUCUCGUCGGUCACUGGGGAGAUGCUGUCGCAAGAGGUGCUGGACACAAACUACUGGGUCUCAAACCUGAUCGGACAAGUGAAAUUUGCAGAUUCAGUGAGAAAUCUGUGUUUCGAAACAAACACGCAGCGGUCUGGUAAUACUGAAACAGUAAGAUCUAGAAGAGUUGGAACAGCCCAAAAAGCCAACAUCGACUGUCUGGUCGAAAUCGGUCCGCAUGCUGCCCUUUCUGGGCCAAUCAAACAAAUACUACGAGCAGACCCAAAACUGAACUCUGCCGAUAUUGUGUACGCCAGUGUCUUGAAGCGGAAAGAAAACGCUGUUACAGCUGCACUCGGCAUGGCUGCCACUUUGGCAUCUUUGAACUACCCAGUGAACUUUGGUGCGAUCAAUAGGCCACAGGGAUCUGAAGAAACCUGCGUCCCACAGUUGCUGGUCGAUCUGCCACCAUACACUUGGAACCAUGCCAGAUCAUAUUGGGCUGAACCACGACUUAGCAAGAUGUUCAGAAACAGAAGCCUACCUCGAAAUGAUAUUCUUGGGGUGCCAGAUAACAUGCAUUGCCCAUGUGAGCCUCGCUGGAGGAACUUUCUUCGGACUUCGGAGCUCCCGUGGCUUCUCGAUCACAAGAUCCAAGGGAGUAUUGUGUUUCCCGCUGCAGGAUAUUUGGCUAUUGCAAUAGAAGCUUCCAUGCAGCUGGUGAAGAGCGAAGACAAUAUUGCCCGGUAUGUGCUGCGUGAUGUGUCGAUCAAAUCCGCACUAGUUCUCAACGAGACUUCGGCCGUCGAGAUUAUGGUGUCUAUUCGGGAGUCAAUUCACAAGCCUCAUGAGCUAUACGAAUUUCAUAUCUAUUCAAUCUCGGGGGACAAUCGAUGGACCGAGCAUUGCACCGGGCUGGUCGGCUCACAGAGGAGAAUUGGUGUUUCAGUCGACGAACCCAGGGAAACCGAUAACUAUGCGAUGGUGCCCUUGGGAACUGAAGUCCAUGGAAUAUCCGUAAUCGACACUCAGGACUUCUAUCAGAAGCUUCAUCAGAUAGGACUGGAGUACGGACCAUGCUUCGCCAAUUUGAGCACAGCACAUGUCACCCAGGAGGGGGCUUGCUUUGCAGAAGUCACUGUGCCAGACACUAGAUCAGCGAUGCCAUGCGCAUUCCAGCAUGAUCUUCUGAUCCACCCUUGCACGCUAGACAGCAUAUUUCAUGCUGUGUUUGCUGCUUUGACACAUGGCAUGGAUAUUCAAGAUGGGCCGGCUAUCCCAAUUUCAAUCGAGGAGAUGAUUGUUUCUUCAGGUGUCAGUUCUUCGGCGGGCAAUAUCAUGAGCAUUUGCACCCAUGUGCGACAAGGCCCGAGGAAAGAUGUGAUGGCAUCUAUCGUGGUCGUUGAUUGCAACGAUAAACACUCCGAAAUGGAACCCAGCAUCUCGAUUCGUGGUCUGCGAUGUACACGGCUUGAGCGCGAGAGAGGGCAUCUCGUUGCUCAAGAAAGCCAAAGGACUUAUCGUAUUGAAUGGAAAGCCGAUUCGUAUUUUCUUUCCAACGAAAAUGCAACAUUCUUAUUUGAGCAGGAAGAUCAGCCAACUCAGGAGCUUAUAUGUCAAGCAGAACUCGAGAAAUGCGCGGUGGGUUUUAUCAAGACUGCUUUAGACGAAGUCACUGCAAUGGAAGCAAGGAAACUUCACACUUCCCACCGCAGGUUCAGGUGUCAUCUGCAAGAUGUUCUUGACAGGUACGAGGAAGAACACCACGACUUGAAAGCCGAAUUCCAGGAUCUGCAGUCAAGCUCAACAGAAAGUCUGCUGCGCUCCAUUGGCGAAAAUCUGGUGCCUAUAAUCAGAGCCCAGAUGGACUUCACCGAUGUGAUAAAGGAUCAUCAUCUAUUGGACACAUUUUGGGAUAUUUUCUCUACAGAUUCAUCAUACAAAGCAACCAGUCGUUAUUUAGACUUGAUUGGCCACAAAAAACCGGACAUAUCGAUUCUCGAGUUUGGAGUUGGCACAGGACAAGUUUCUAAGCUAUUCCUCGAACAACUUGCACAUUCCGCCCAGAUACCUCACCUUGGAAAAUACACAUUUGCCCAUGAAAGUCGAAUUGUACUAGAGCAUGCCAUGAAGCGGCUGGAACCGUGGUCGGACUUGGUUGAUUGCAAGCUCCUAGAUCCAAGAGAAGACCUUGCCACACAGGGAUUGGAAGAAGGCUCGUUUGACAUUGUCAUAUUACCUCAUGGUUUGUGUACUUCACAAUGUGAGCAAAAUGCUCUUUGCAAGAUUUAUGACCUUCUUAAGCCCCUUGGGUCAUUGAUUGCGAUCAGCCCUUUCCACCCAAAGCAAAAUAUCGUGAAAAACCUCUUGUUCAGUGCCCUGCACUGUUUAUCUGCAGAAGAGUUUUGUCUUGGCCAAGGUGGUUGGCCAGAGUGGCAAUGGGACGAAACACUGCGUGAGGCGCAGUUCACUGCGGUCAAUGUUUUUACAGAUAAAAAUUGCGAAGAGAAUCAUCAGUUCAUCGUCGCACGCAAGGAAAAGUUCGACAAGUCAACUGCGAAGGUUUCAAUUAUCUGUGAUGGUGAAUCUGGGAUAGCUGUUGCCGAUUUAGUUCUCCAACUGGAGCGUCUCGCUUGUGAAGUGGACGUGCGAAGCAUCGAGGAUGUGGAAACAGAGGGUCGAAUAUGCCUGGUACUGGACUCUCAGAAAGAGACUUUACUAGCUGCUCCAGAUGGAACCACAUUAGACAAAAUCAAAGCAACAUUCAUGCAUAGUGCGGGUAUUCUCUGGGUCACUAGAGGUGGCACGAUCGAGUCCGUCAACCCGAAUGCCAACCUUGCAGUGGGCUUUGCACGAACAGCGCGUGCCGAAUCCGGUGUCAAUCUGAUCAUCACUCUUGAUCUAGAUGCACAAAACCCUUUAUCCGAGUCUCAUUCCGCAGAACUACUUGCUCAAUUCUUUGCCACCCGAUUCCUCCGUGGAGGCGCUAACGACGACACUGAAUUUGCAGAAAGAAAUGGAACAGUCUUGAUUCCACGCGUGUUGGAAGAUUCAUAUACAAGCACGGCGGUAGUCAAUCUCCGUGACACUGAGACUGUUUCUGAACAGUAUUUCCACCUAAAAAAGCGGCCUUUGCGUUUAUCGAGAGGAUUGGAAGAUCCUCGUUUUGUCGAGGACUGCGCAUUGAUGGAACUUCCAGCCGGGUACGUUGGAAUCCGAGUACAUGCAUUUGGCCUCAGCGAACAAGAUCUGUGGAGAGACACCCACGAUUGCAACACGGAUGACAUGUUUGGCCUCGAAUGCAGUGGAGUUGUAUACAAUGUCGGUGCUGGUGUUUGCGGUAUUUCCAUUGGAGAUCGAGUGGCGUGUCUUGGGACUGGCACCGCCAGAAGUUUCUACCAUGAUCGAGCAGCGGCAUUUCAGAGAAUCAGUGAUCAAAUGUCAUUCGAGCUUGCUUCGGCAUUGCCUGUCGCGUAUUCCACUGCAUAUUAUAUCGAUAAAUACUAUUUGUGGUGUCUUCAAUCAAACGAGGUCAUCCUUGUGCACCGGGCGGGCUGUUGGUGUGGACAGGCGAUUCUGGAAUUGCUUAAAAUGAAAGGAAACGAAAUCUUCGUGACCGUUCAAGAUUCCACAGAAGCAUUUCUGUUAUCAUGUCGAUUUCGAAUACCUACCAAAAAUAUCUUCAUUGAUGGGCAAGAUGAUAUUCUGAAGAGUUUGACGCGGUUGACUCACGGCGAGAAGGCAAAGGUAGUGAUUAGUCUUGGGACAGAUGAUGACCAGAUUCAAAGUUGCACCGCGCCAUUUGGUCACUUCAUUAGGAUUGCCAAUGACAGGUCAAGAACUCAAAGAGUCUCCCGUUCUCAAAACAUAUCGUUGUCAUCAUUCAACAUGUUUGACUUCCAAAAGGAAAGGAGAAAUCUCGCAAACCAUAUCUGGUCUGAGGUAUUUCGACUAUUUCAAGAAGGACGACUCAAAGGUCUACCAGGGACUGCGGUAUACAACGUUUCUCAAAUCAGACAGGCUGUCGAAGAGGCAUCUAUCAAGCGACACAUUGUCGUUUCUGCGGCGUCAGAUGAUCUUGUCAUGGCCACACUCCCCAAACCAUCCGAACCAUUGUUCAGUGCGACUGCAUCCUAUCUUUUGGUUGGCGGACUUGGUGGAAUUGGACGUGAGGUGGCUUUAUGGAUGGUUCAGAACGGCGCCAAGAGUUUGGUGCUUCUUAAUAGAAGUGGCUUGUCCAAAGAAAAGUCACAGACAACAGUAAGGGAGCUGGAGGAGAAAGGAGUUCAGGUUAUGGUUCAGGUCUGUAACAUAUUCAACGAGAUUGAAGUCCAACAAAUGAUUGUGGACGUUUCUCACUGCGCGCCUCCAAUCCGAGGAGUUAUCCAGGGGGCUAUGGUUGUGAAGGACAUUCAUAUUGAAAACAUGAGCUUAGAUGAUUAUCGAGAAGUCAUGGGGCCCAAGUGCGCAGGGACAUGGAAUCUGCACCGACAUUUGCCGAAAGACCUCGACUUCUUUCUCAUGCUUUCUUCCAUCAGCGGUGUGAUUGGAAAUGCAACCCAGGCUGCAUAUGCGGCUGGCUGUUCUUUCCAGGAUUCAUUUGCCGCAUAUCGAAGGGGUCUAGGGCUUUCGGCCGUAUCACUGGAUCUUGGCACGAUCACAGAUGUUGGUUACCUCGCAGAGAACCGGGAGCUAUCAAAAAAGAUGGAGAAACAAGGGUUCGAAGGCACCGAUACCCAAACGCUUCUCUCGUUGAUUCAAGUCGCGAUAUCCCAACCUCCAUGCCGAGAAACCCAAAUAGUAACCGGACUUGGUCAAUGGAAAGAGGAGCGAUCCCUGGGUAAUUUCAGCACUCCCUUGUUCUCUCAUUUCCGUCGCAAGUUUCAAACUCAUGGAAAAGCUACCAUGCUCAGUGAUUGGGGGGACAGUUUUAAGGUGGAGCUUCAAGCAGCCAGAACGGUGGAACAGGCCACACUGGUCAUCUGCGAAGCAAUGAGGCGGAAGAUCGCUCUUCAUCUUGCUGUGCCAGUAGAGAACAUCGAUCUCUCUCAUCCAGUUUCUGAAUAUGGUGUUGACUCUCAUGUUGCCGUUGAACUUCGCAACUGGGUAUCUCGGGUCAUGGAGUGUACUGUUUCCAUCUUGCAGAUUAUAGCAAGUUCAAUUCUGGAUCUCUCCAGCGAUAUUGCCAGUCAAAAGUUGGACGACAACAAAGACUGA